CGAGCGACAUCCUCAAGUCAAAGACAGAAACCGAGACUUUAACUGUAACACAAAUACAAUUACACAGAGGAUCUGACCACAGAUCAGACCCAGAGAGACUGGGCCUGGGGAGACUGGGCUGUCCUCCUGACUCAGAGUAUUUACCUGUAUUUCACCAGAGCCAGAGGACUGUUCAUUCCCAUGGUGAUGGUGACUCGUUAGACACUGGAGGUGAUGGUCCGUCUUGUUCUUACGCUACAGAGAUGGACCCUAACAACAUGCCCUUGGAUUUAGAGAGACAGACUAAUCUGUCUAGAGGGGACUGGAACCGGUACAGUAGUAGUGUAUACUCUGAAGGGUGCCUAGAUGAGAAAGGGGAGGUUAUAGUGGUAGAUGAAGUGACUGUGAAAGUGGAGGGCGACGUUCCUCCCACAUGGAAUGCAGAUAGUCACCUUGGAGAUGGACUCACACAGGAAAGAGAUUUCUUAGAUUACAGGGAAAGCUUAGAGACAAGUGCAAAUGUCGCUACCCACUCCCCUUUACAUACGUUCAGGGAUUGCAACCCAGUGUCCAGAUCGAUAGGGCCUACUGAUCCACACCGCCUCGUCCUUUUCGAUAAGGCAUUGAACUCAAAUUACAGAGCUAGAGACCAGGCUCGGGGUGGGGGAGCAACAUUAGGCAAAAGUAAAGAGAAACGUUUCCUCUGCAUGUUCUGUAACAAAGGCUUCAGCUGCCCCCAGAAGGUGGAGAUCCACCAGAGGGUCCACACAGGGGUGAAACCCUUCAGCUGUACCCAGUGCCCCAUGGCCUUCGCUCAAGCUGGUGACCUGAAGAGGCACCAGAGGGUCCACACGGGGGAGAAACCCUUCAGCUGUACCCAGUGUCACAUGGCCUUUGCUCAGGCUGGUCACCUGAAGAGACACCAGAGGGUCCACACAGGGGAGAAAUAAUACAGCUGACCCCGUUGUCAGAAGAGAUUCUUACGCCAGCUGAAGAUGCACCUGAAGGUCCACAUGGGAGAAAGGCCAUUCGCCUGUACUCACUGCGGGGAGAGGUUCUCCGAGAGGAGCUACCUCAGGAUACACCAGCAGAAAAAACAUUCCACUCUAUAACAUAGAAAGCAACCAUUCCACUCAAUAGCUUCUGACGGUUGUAUCAAACCCUGCAUUAAAGACAAAGAUGAACUGUCAUUGUUGUCGUCACGAAAAAUAUCCACAGACACAUUUGGUAUUACGAGAGUUACAGAUUUCAGUGUAGAAUAUUUUGCAUCCAGACAUUGUGUGAUAUAUAAGGCAUAUAUAUGGCUGGGAGAUUCAAAUUCAUGUUUUAACGCAAUGUUUCAAAUGCAUGUAUCGCAAAAAUUUAGUUUUUAUUUUUAGAUAUUUUUUGCGUUCUACAGUGCCUUCAGAAAGUAUUCAUACCCAUUAACUUAUUCCAUAUUUUGUUACAACCUGAAUUAAAAUAAUAAAUCUCAACCAUCUACACAACACCCCAUAAUGAAAAAGUGAAAACAUGUUUUUAGACAUUUUUGCAAAUACAGAUAUCAACAACAUUACUUGUUAAGCACAUUUUUACUCCUGAACUUAUUUAGGCUUGACAUAACAAAGAGGUUGAAUACUUAUUGACUCAAGACAUUUCAGCUUUUUUAUUUUUUUUAUACAUUUCUAAAAACAAUUUCACUUUGACAUUAUGGGUUAUUGUGUGU